UCCCCACCACAGCUGCGCCACAGCGGAGGAGAAAAGUCUGUGCUCGGCUCGCCAUCACUGCCUGCUAUUUAUAGACUCCAUUUCCUUGCUCCGUUCUCUUAUCCCCUCACAUUCACACCCUUCCCGGCUCCGAUCCGCUCAGAAUCUUUCCCCAAUGGAAGGAAGCUUCAUCAGCUCAUCUGAACAAAGGGUUGCCGUGGUGACCGGUGGCAACAAAGGGAUUGGAUUGGAGAUAUGCAAGCAGCUCGCGUCCAGCGGAAUCACGGUCGUCUUGACAGCCAGGGAUGAAAAGAGGGGUACCGCAGCAGUCGAUGCUCUUCGAGAGCUCGGACUAUCAGAUGUCAUGUUCCAUCAGCUGGACAUAAGCGAGCCGUCGAGCGCUGCUCGUUUGGCAGAUUUUGUCAAGGAUAAGUUUGGCAAGCUAGACAUAUUGGUCAAUAACGCAGCAAUCCUCGGGGUGACGGUAGACGUCGGAGACCCAGACCCGGCAGCUGUUCAGGAAGUGAUUUCAUCAGAGAAGUUUACAAGCAUGAGUGCAACGGAGAGGCUCGAGUGGGUGGACAAGCGGUCAACAGAGACUUAUGCGGAAGCAGAAGAAUGUCUAAAAACAAACUAUGGCGGCACCAAGAAUGUCACGGAAGCGCUGCUUCCUCUCCUCCUAUCCUCCUCCGAUGCAAGAGUUGUUAACCUCUCGUCUUUUAUCGCAUUACUGCGGGUUUUCAGUGGAGAACUUAAACAGGAGCUUAACGACAUCGACAAGCUAUCUGUAGAGAGGGUGGACGAACUGUCUGAACUGUUCCUAGAGGACUUCAAGAAUGAUCAGCUGGAUCAACGUGGAUGGCCAAUCGAGAAAGGGCCCUCGGCCUACAGAGUGUCCAAGGCCCUGGUGAACGCUUACACCAGAGUUCUUGCAAAGAAGCACACCUCGCUGUGCAUCAACUGCGUAAAUCCUGGCCAUGUCAAUACCGACGGCAACUUCCACACCGGGGAUCUAACCGUCGCGGAAGGCGCAAGAGGCCCUGUGACUGUGGCACUUGCGCCGAGGGAAGGACCAACAGGAGCGUACUUUGACGGAACAGAAGAGGCCUCUUUUGUUUAAGGUUGUGUAACUGAGUUCAAGGACUCGAAACAAUAUCAAGCAAUGUAUCUUAGUGGUGAGCCAGGCUUUGAUUUUCAUGAUUUUGUUUGGAAAUUUGAUUUUAAUGAUUGUGUUUGGAAAUUGUUGAGACUUAAUAGAUGGACAGUCUCUAUC